AGUGUUCUUUGCAUUCAUGCAAUUAUGAGUUGUUUUUUAGGGCAUCAGUAUUUGCAGAAUCAUUUUUACCAAUGUGAAUUUAUAAAUUUUUGAUUAAAAAUACUCUAGUAUGAGUGAGUAAAUGUUAAUUUUAUUAAGUUCACUCAUCUUAGAUUGGUUUUGAUAAUUUGAAUUAUAGUCAUCUGAAGAGAUAUUGAUGGAGCUUCCUAACAUGAUUGACUACAGAGUUGAAUGGUUCCGUAAACGGAUAUUGAAUGUGUUUGACGAAACAGAUCCGUCUCUAUUCGACCAAAUGCUAGCUCGCAAUGACAACCGACUCAAGAAGCAAUUUCGACCUUUUGUAGAGGAUAAUUUCAUGAAUGAUGUUAAUCAUGAUCAAAGGCUACUUUUCUGUUUCAAAACUUAUUAUGAUAAAGUUGUUAAUGAAGAAAUUAUCACUGCUGAAGAAGUUAAACGCAAGAGCGACAACUUUGUGACAGAUGAAGUUGAAGCUGAUGAUCAAAAAAGAAAUGAGGAUGAAGAUGGAGUUGGAGAGGAUGAUGACGAUAAUAAUGAAACUGACGUUGAAGCCGAUAAAACGCAGUCAGCUGAUGAGAAGGAGGAUUCUGAUGAAGAGAAAUCGGUGCCUGAACGAAAAGAAGACAAGAAACCUCGGAGAGACACAAAAAUGGGGCGCAAAAGCCCUGCAACUGUGAUGGAAUCUCUUCCCACUGCUGAAGAAGAGGAUGAUGGAGCUCCUCCGAAACCUGAGUAUGUUUAUGUUAAGAGAAUCGUACAGAAAAUAGUUCGAACGCCACAGCUGCACGGGCAUUUCGGCAUCUUGGACGCUAGCAAACUGCCGGCUGACACUACAGUUAUCUACUUUGUGAGAUCAUUCCUGACUGGCUGCACGUGGCUUGACUCCAGUGAUGAGGCUGACGCCCUCAUGCCCAAGCAAUUCAACAUUGGCACGCUCAGAGAUCCACUGCGCACUCUCCAUCUCAUAUUGGUCAAUGCAUACGAUCCAAUAAUAGUGAACAACUUUGUGGUGCCGGAUACGGACGACACGGAGAUGUUGAAGAACGUGCGAGCGACGGGAGCCGGCAUGGGUCGAUGGGGAGGGGGCGCGGCGAAGGUGCUGCUAGACCGGCCGUCCGACUACCGGCGCCUGGCGAUCAAUGUGCGCAUGCGCCUGGACAAGGAUCGACGCGAGCUGGAGGCGGCUGCAGCCAAUGUGAGCUCGGCCAAUGUGACCGACGACGAUAAAACACCUGUUGACCUUGACGACCUGCUCUCGUCUGAGCUGGAGAUAGAGCGCAGUGCCGCCUCGUCCAGUGUGUCUCUGGCCUCGUCUGAUCUUGACGAUGACCAGCCGGCUCGCGGAGUGAUGCUCGAGGACCUCGCUCACCAUCCCACCAAGCUGGCGCUCCGCGACAAAGCCAGGGAGCUAGCUGACCAUGUCAUGUGGGCAAUCGAACAUACACAGAGUGACACACAACUUAGUUUGGACAUUCCCGAAUUGCCGCAACUGAUGGACCCUGAAAUGGACUUGAAUGCACUGAGCAACGAUGCGGAGUUUGUCAGUGGCCUUGAAAGAAUAGUCGAUCAUUGGGAACGCCAUAUUGCUCGAGUCAUUCAGACAUUCAUUUCAAAGAAACCAGAUGAUCCUGGUCCAAUGGCCGAGUGUUCCUACUGGCGUGACAGAGAGGCCGGAAUCAGUGUGGUUGUUGAACAGCUAAAAAAUCACACUGUCCUUCUUGUCAUGAAAAUUCUUGAAAACUCCAAGACACUGAAAGGUCUACACUUCAAGAACUUCAGAAACGAAGUGAUCAAAUGCUACAUCGAAGCCAGAGACAAUAUUAAAUUUCUCUCUACGCUUGAACGGUAUUUCGAAAUCCUUACUAAAUCCGAUAAUUUGCGUGACAUAACCGAACGCUUACCGCAUCUAAUGCACGGCCUUUAUAAGAUUUGGGUUCUCAGCCGAUAUUACUCAAUUGACACCAAUAUGCUUGGACUUUUCGAACGAAUCAGAUACACGUUGUGCGAUCAAGUAACCAAUGUACUCACUAUCAAAUUUCUCUUCAAAAGCAAUAAGCUGAAAGACGCCAUUCAGAAGACAAGUGAUGCGGUUGAGCUGUUAGAAGUUUGGAAGUCGUCCUACUUGAAGACUCGGCUGGUGAUUGAGAAUGCCGGCGUCGGCCAACGCUGGGAAUUCGACCGACGUAAAUUGUUCUCCGAGACAGACUACAUUAAGUCCGUCGCCAGCGACUUGUUCAACGUCACUCAGGUAAUGCAAGAGUUCUACAACAUUUUCAAUCCUGAGUUGAAAACCAUCAUUAGUGAUCCGACACAGAUAGAUGCAGUUGUGAAGAGAGUCGAAGCCCUGACCUAUCCAAUAAAAAAGGCUGACUUUGAUAUUUUCCAAUUUGAAUUCAAAGAGCACUGGGAUGCUAUCAUGGAAGGCUUCAAUAAUGAAGUUGUUGUACUUGAAAAUCAAGCCAAGCAUUUCAUAGAUGAAUCAUUCACGCUACUCAGGUCAUCAGAGGAGGCACUUGAAAAAUUACUAAAAUUCAAACACAUAAAAACAAGGAAAGCCGUUCAAGAACAGCUAAUGCAAAAGUUUGACCCAAUUAUGAAACAAUUCUUGAAGGAGAUCGAUGAAGUUGAUAAAACAUUUAAGAAUCACCACAGAGAUCCUCCUUUGCUCCGGAACCAACCUCCCGUUGCUGGUUCGAUCUUCUGGGAGCGCCAGCUAUUUCAUAGACUAAAGAAGCCGGUGCUGACAUUUCAAAAUGUUGAAGAAUACAAAGAAUCACCUCUCAAAGACAAGGCAUUUUCAAACUAUAUAAAAAUCGGCAGACUCAUGAAAGAAUAUGAAGACAGAAAGUUUAAUGACUGGGUUGAAAAGGUUGUGCCCUUUGUGAGAAAAACAAUGCAGCAAAGUGUUAUUUCAUUCAAAGAAGUUUCUAGAAACAUUGAGCUUUCUGGUUCCGUGGAUAAGAAAGCUAUACAGAAGAAGAAGCGUAAAUUGAUGCGAAUUAGUGAAUCGUCUUCAUUGACCGACACGACCAAGUCGAGUGGCAAGCAAGCUGAGAUGGGCCUCGGCGGAGCUCUGCUAGCUCUCAAGUGGGUGGCCAAAGGUCGGCGAACUGGUGCCCUGCCUCCAUUGAACAAAGGAAACAAAGAUGCUGUCAAAACAAAGACGGCAAGUGUAAACAAACUUGCCUGGUCAGAAUUCAUUGGUGAUUCUAUUCUCAUUGAAAUGAAUUUAGGUAUCCAGGUGAAUUUUCCUCGCGAAAUGAUAGAAAUAAUUGCUGAGUCAGAAUUGAUGGAAACAUUGGGAUUCCGUCUGCCACCGGCAAUACACCUGGUUGUUAUUCAGAAAGCAAGAUUGCAUGAUGAUGUGGAAGCCGUCCAUAUUAUGGUCAAGGCCUACAAUAAACUUAUGGAAGGAUUAGAGGCACCACAGCUACUUUUCAUGAAAGAGCACAUCAGGGAAGUAGAAAAAUACUUGCAGCCAGGUUUCACAAGGUAUAAUUGGGCAUCAUUGAAUAUAAAACUGUAUGCAAAAUACGCACUACAGAAGCUGAAGAAUGCUACUUCUCUGGUAGUGCAAAUGGGGGAUGUCACGUUCAAUCUGGAGAAGAGAAUUCUGUCGCUCUCCGGCUACAACAUGUUCCAGCUUGUCAGGCCCGAGACAAAAGUACUUCUGAAGAGAACUUCGAGAAUAUCUUGCCAGAGUUUCUUCAAGAAAAUGUCCGACAGAAGAAUGGAAUCUUUCUCACACAUGAUGACAACUCACAACAAAGUUGGUCCAAUGCUGAAAAAAUUGGAAGGCAUUGUCCUGCAAGCCAGCACUGGGAAGUCACCGCUGAUGGCAUUCUUCUAUGAAAGCAGUGAAUCACAAAUAUUCGAAUCGUUCGUCAAGCUUGUUCGACUGAAUGUUGAAAGAUUCAAUUCAUUUCUAUUGGGGAACGAGGCAUUAUUCAUGAUAGAUGCCGUUCUAUCAGUUUCUGAAGUGGUAACCAAACCGACUGUUGCACAAGUCCAUAACAUGAUUCGGCAAUGUGUCAUCGAUUUCUUUGAAAGGUUCAAGUCGAUCGCCAGGUGGAUGGACAAAACUUGCCUGAAAUGUCCGUCGGUGAAGGCGUCCUUCACGAAAGAAGUGUAUUCCUAUUCCUACUACGAAGACCUAAUGAGUGUCUCUAUACUGGUGCACAGCAUCUCCAACCUACAGGACACCUUGCUGUCGUUGAUGACUGAAGCUCAGAAUUAUGUGGGACGUUGGCGAAAAUUCAAAUCUCUUUGGGCUGUUGACAAACAGAAAUCUGCUGACAAAUUCGCGGCCAAAGAACAGAGCGUGAUAGCUUAUGAUGAAAAACUCAGCUACUACUCAAAUAUCAUCAGUGAUCUCAAUGAAAUGGUUUCUUAUCAUGAUAUAUACUGCAUCAGGAUUAACAUUUCUCCUCUCAUCAAAGACCUCAAAAGGCAUGCAAUUGAAUGGAAAAAUGUAUUGGGUGAAAAAUUGCUUGAGAACACAAGAAAUAUGAUGCUUGACAGGAGGAAAAUGCUGCAGGACAUAGGUGGAGAGCUGCAGUUGAAUGUGAGCAAUGUGGACACAUUCAAGAAGGUGCUUCAAGCCGUCCAGGAUGUUAAUAAAAUGGUAACUGAUGCCGAGCUGCAUUUCAGAGAAGUUGACGAAAGAUUUCAUGUACUGAAAGUCCAUAAAGUGAAGAUUCCAGAGAAUGAUCUCGAUCUAUCUUCUGUGAUGAAAGAAGAGUGGGAUCGACUGUUUGAUGAGGCAAUUUAUCGGUCCUACGCAAUGGAGCCUGCAAAAGCUGAUUUCUCAAAAGUUUCCAAACAAGAAAUUGAGAAUUUCUUGGUCUAUUUGGAUGGUGUUAUCAAAAAGUUUUAUUCCGAAGGGCCAGGCUGUGUUGGAGAACGCUUAGAAGCUGGAUUGGAUCUCAUGGUGGUGUAUGCUGAUCUGUUUAUCGACAUAAUCAAGAAGAAAGUUCGGAUGGAGCAAGCCGAACGCCUGUUCGAUCUGGAGCCGGCUGACUACUCGCACUUCACGCGCACCUACAACGACUACCUCCGCAUGCAGACUGUCUACGAACUCUAUCAAGAUGUUAUGGCUACCAGAUCAUCAUGGUCAAAAACCCUUUGGGCAAAUCUCAAUCCUCAGGUGCUUCUAGAGGGGAUCGAUGGUUUCUUGAAACAAUUCCGCUUGUUCCCAAAGGAAACUAAGGAUUUGGCAAUUGCAGUCACGUUUGAAAAACAGAUGCGAGAAUUCAAGAACUCUAUACCUUUGAUGAUUGAAAUGAAAAAUGACGCUCUAAGAGAAAGACAUUGGAAGGAGUUGAUGAUUAGAACAGGAAAGGAAUUUGAUAUGGCUGUUGACCGAUUUACCCUGGAAAACAUGUUUUCUAUGGAGCUGCAUAACCAUAAGGAUAUAUGUGAAGAAAUAGUGGGUGUAGCAGUCAAGGAGUUGGGCAUAGAAAAUGGCGUCAAUGAAAUAGUUGAAGUUUGGCGAACUAUGACAUUGCAAGUGCUGCCACACAUGAAAGGAGACGAAGAUCGUGGCUAUUUCCUGGGCGACAUCAGUGAAAUUUUAGUCACUCUCGAUGACAAUGCUAUGAAUCUACAAAGCAUGGCUGGAUCACAAUAUGUUGGUCCGUUUCUACCCGAGGUGCAAAAGUGGGAAAAGACACUUUCGAUGAUGACUGAUGUGUUGGAACUUUGGGUAGUCGUCCAACGCAAAUGGCUGUAUCUUGAAAGUAUUUUCAUCGGUGGGGAUAUACGACUGCAAUUACCUGAGGAAGCCAAAAAAUUUGAUGAUCUCGACAAAUUUUAUCGUCGCGUGAUGUUGGAGGCAGCCCGGCGCCCGCUGGCCGUGGAGCAGUGCAGCAGUGGUGACCGGUUGCUCGACCUGGUCGGCCUGUCUGAUGGCCUCGACGUCUGCCAGAAGUCACUCAACGACUACCUCGACACCAAGCGCAACACCUUCCCCCGCUUCUUCUUCCUUUCCGACGACGAGCUGCUCUCCAUCCUCGGCAGCAGUCAUCCGUCCUGCGUUCAGCAACACAUUGUCAAGAUGUUUGAUAAUGUGGGUAGUCUGGACCUAGUAGCUGAUGCUCAAGGAAAUUACAGUGUCAAAGCAAUGAUAUCAUGUGAAAAAGAAAUAAUGGAAUUCCGCUAUCCAGUCAAAGUAAAAGGAAAAGUUGAAAAUUGGAUGUGUCUCGUACUAGAUGAAAUGCGCAAGAGCAAUAGAUAUAUUACUAAAAAAGCUAUUCAUGAAUACGGGAAGAUUCGACAACCAAGAACGAAAUGGAUGCUAGGCUACUUAGGAAUGGUAUGCUUGGCAGCCAAUCAAGUGUGGUGGACCGCAGAAGUCGAAAAUGUGUUCAACAAAAUCAAGCAGGGAAACAAAUAUGCGAUGAAGGAGUAUCUACUACAGGUCAAUAAGCAGCUUGAUGAACUGGUUGUCAGAGUUCGUAGUAACUUACAAAAAAAUGACCGGAGAAAGUUCAACACUGUUUUAAUUGUGGACGUUCAUGCGAGAGACAUCAUUGAAAGCUUUGUGAGAGAUAGUAUUUUGGAUAACGGAGAAUUUCAAUGGGAAAGUCAACUAAGAUUCUAUUGGAUGAAAGUAUUCGACAAUUUGAUGAUCCAACAGUGUUCUGGGCAGUUCGAGUAUGGAUAUGAAUACAUGGGUCUGAAUGGUAGGCUUGUCAUCACACCACUCACUGAUAGAAUCUAUUUGACCAUCACUCAAGCUUUAUCAAUGCAAUUGGGAGGUGCUCCUGCAGGUCCUGCUGGCACUGGCAAAACUGAAACGACAAAAGAUUUGGCAAAGGCUUUAGGUCUUUUAUGUAUGGUGACCAAUUGUGGAGAGGGAAUGGAUUUUCUUGCAUUUGGGAAAAUCUUGAAUGGCCUAUGCCAGUGUGGAGCCUGGGGAUGUUUCGACGAAUUCAAUCGAAUUGACAUUUCAGUGCUUUCUGUGAUUUCAAGUCAACUACAAUCCAUUCGCACAGCAUUGCUGAUGAAUGCCAAACGAUUCUUGUUUGAAGGUGAGGAGAUCAGCCUUGACAAUAAGGUGGGAAUAUUUAUUACGAUGAAUCCUGGGUAUGCGGGGAGAACCGAAUUGCCAGAGUCUGUCAAAGCCUUGUUUCGUCCUGUGGUGUGUAUUGUGCCUGACCUGGAACUCAUCUGUCAAAUCAUGUUGUUCUCAGAAGGAUUUCUUGAGGCAAAGGUAUUGGCGAAAAAGAUGACGGUUCUCUACAAGCUGGCAAAAGAACAGCUUUCAAAGCAGUACCAUUACGAUUUUGGGCUUCGAGCUCUGAAAUCGGUUCUUGUAAUGGCUGGCGAGUUGAAGCGCAGUGCUGACGAUCUGCCUGAGAAUGUCGUCCUUAUGAGAGCGCUCAGGGACAUGAAUCUACCAAAGUUUGUGUUUGAUGAUGUGCCUUUGUUUCUUGGAUUGAUCAAGGACUUAUUCCCAGAUGUUGACUGUCCAAGAGUUUCAUAUCCAGAUUUCAAUGAGGCUGUUGAAACCAUAUUAAAAGAAGAUAAAUAUACUAUUCUUGCUCACCAGGUGGAUAAAGUAGUGCAAAUGUAUGAAACAAUGAUGACUCGUCAUUCUACGAUGGUAGUUGGUCCGACUGGGGGAGGCAAGUCAGUUGUCAUCCAUACUCUUGCCAAAGCCCAAACUCUGCUAAGUCUACCCACCACAAUCUUCACUUUGAAUCCAAAGGCCUGCUCAGUUAUCGAAUUAUAUGGCAUUCUUGACCCAAUCACAAGAGAUUGGACAGAUGGCCUGUUGUCGAAUAUCUUCAGGGAGAUUAACAAGCCAACAGCGAACAACGAAAGAAAAUACAUUGUUUUCGAUGGUGAUGUUGAUGCACUGUGGAUUGAAAACAUGAAUUCGGUUAUGGACGACAACAAACUGCUAACUUUGGCCAAUGGAGAGCGUAUCAGACUACUCCCCCAUUGUGCUCUGCUCUUUGAGGUGGGUGACCUGCAGUUCGCGUCACCAGCGACGGUGUCGCGGGCGGGAAUGGUGUACGUGGACCCGAAGAACCUGGGUCACGAGCCGUACUGGCUGCGCUGGGUGGGAGGCCGCCACCCGGACCACCAGAAGCACCUGGCGAGGCUGUUCACCAAGUAUGUGCCGUUUGCACUCGGCAAGCUCUUUCUAUCUGGCUUCGAUCGCGAAAAGUCGGAGUUCGCCCCCAUGCCCUCGGUCAAGAAGCCCCAGCAGAAGAUGAGUCUCAUCCUGCCGCAGACCGAGCUCAACAUGGUAACUCAGCUAUGCUACAUGUUGGAAGCAGAAAUUGGUGCAGACAAUAGCGUUAUUGAUGGAGAAGAAAUGGAGUGCAUAUUCAUCCAGGCGAUUUACAAUUCAAUUGGCGCCUGUUUGACGGCUGACAGCCGAGCGCAGUUCGAUGCUGCUAUCAAAGAGAGGUCUGGAUUCAUGAUUGUCGAAGAUACUCCCGACAGAUUGUCUGGAUAUCAAACAAUACCGAGACAUGAGCCGACUUUGUACAGCUACUACCUAGACCGAUCCCAGAAAGCAUGGGUACCAUGGAAGAAUCUUGUUGAGAAAUACGUUCACAAUCCGGCAGCCAAGUUCAAUGAGAUCCUAGUGCCAACCGAAGACUCAACCAAAAUCACGUGGCUGCUUAAUUUGAUGAAUAAGGUUCAUCGACCGGUAGCGUUAGUUGGAGAGACUGGAACUUCCAAAACAGCGACAAUGCAUGAGUUCCUUAGGAAACUGGAUCCUGAAAAAUAUCUUCAAAUUCAUCUAAAUUUUUCAUCACGAACAAACUCACUGGAUGUUCAGAGGAAUAUAGAGUCAGUUUUGGAAAAGAGAACUAAGAGCACUUACGGCCCACCAAUCGGCAAGAAACUCAUCUGUUUCAUUGAUGAUUUGAAUAUGCCUCAGGUCGAUGCAUAUGGCACUCAGCAGCCCAUUGCCCUAUUGAAACUUCUGCUGGAGAAAGGUGGCAUGUAUGAUAGAGGGAAAGAUCUUAAUUGGAAGUCAAUCAAAGACAUUUGCUAUUUCGCGGCUAUGGGAAAAGCGGGUGGUGGGAGGAACGAGGUGGACCCUCGCUUUGUGUCGAUGUUCUGCUGCUGGAACAUGGUGUUUCCAUCGGACAGCACUGUGCUGCACAUCUACAGCUCCAUUCUGGAGGGCCACACUGCCAAUUUCAACCUCAUCAUCCAGCUCACCAUUCCUCGCAUCAUGUCGCUUACGUUGAAGUUGUUCAAGGUGUUGGUAAAAGAACUUCCUCCAACCCCAUCAAGAUUCCAUUACAUCUUCAACUUGAGAGACCUUUCUCGGAUAAUGCAAGGUCUAACUAUGACUUUACCAUCGCAUUUCACUCAAGAAAGACAGUUCUACCGCGUGUGGAGAAACGAAUUCACAAGGGUGAUUUGUGAUCGACUCAUUUCGCUUGAGGAUAAAGAGUUUAUGAAUAAUGAGAUUGCUGAGAAAUUGAAAAGCUCUGUGAAACUCUACGAAGAAGACUUCAAUUACAUUCUACGAGACCCUCUACUAUUUGGUGACUAUCGCAAUGCGCUCAAUGAAAGGGAACCAAGAGUUUAUGAAGAUCUCCUAGACUAUCCAGCAGUCUUUCAUCUAUUUUUAGAGAUUUUGGAGGAAUACAACGACAAGAACAGGAAAAUAGAUUUGGUACUGUUUGAUGAUGCCCUUGAAAAUUUGACUAGGAUCCACAGAGCAAUGAGAAUGGACAGAGGACACAUUCUGCUGGUUGGCUCGGAUGGCUGUGGCAAGAUCAGUCUAACAAGACUUGCUGCCUUCACUGCCAAUCUAGCUGUAUUCACCAUCACCUUGAGUCGAGGAUACAAUGAAAAUAGCUUCAAGGACGAUAUGAAAAGAUUGUUCACUCAGCUAGGCGUUCAAAGAACAAAAACUGCGUUUUUCUUUACUAGUGCUCAGGUUACUGAGGAAGGUAUUUUGGAAAUAAUCAAUAACUUAUUGAUGAUCGGAAUGAUUCCUGCUCUGUUUUCUGAUGACGAAAAGGAUGCAAUUGUUGGGCAAGUGAGAGCAAAAGCCAAAGAAGAAGGAUUUUCAGUCACAAAGGAGUCUUGCUGGCAAUAUUUCUGCAUGAAAUGCAUUGAGAAUUUGCACGUGGUUCUUGGCAUGAGCCCUGCUGGAGAUGUUCUACGUACAAGAUGCAGGAACUUCCCAGGACUCGUCAACAACUCGUACAUCAACUGGCUAUACCCUUGGCCCACUCAGGCACUUCACGCGGUUGCUACUAAAUAUCUCCAGGAUGAGCCAAAACUGCCCCCAGAUAAUUUGACAAACAUAAUAGAAGUUGUUGUGCACAUUCACUCCAGUACAAUUUUGUUCACUACUGAUUUCCACACUAAACUGCGAAGGAGAAACUACAUCACACCCAAGCAUUACCUGGAUUUCAUUCGUCUGUUCUUGAAACUCAUAGAAGAAAAAUUUUCAUUUAUUGUUUCUCAGUGUGAAAGACUUGAUGCUGGCAUGCAGAAAAUAGCCGAAGCUACUGUUCAACUAGAUGAAUUGAAUGCUAAAUUGGCUGUCCAAAAAGUCAUUGUAGCUGAGAAAACAAAAGCAUGUGAAGAGCUGCUGAAUGAGAUUGAACAAGCAACUGCUGAAGCGACUGAGAAGAAGGAUAUAGCGUCACAGAAAAGUAAAGAAAUAGAAGCACAGAGCAAAGAGAUUGCGAUUGAAAAGCAAGAAGCGGAAGCUGCACUGUCUGAAGCGAUGCCAGCUCUGCAGGCUGCAAAGGCUGCUCUCGCCGAACUCGAGAAAGCCGACAUCACUGAAAUCAGGUCGUUUGCGACACCUCCGGAACCAGUUCAAGUGAUUUGUGAGUGUGUGGCAAUAUUUAGAGGCGUCAGGGAAAUUUCUUGGAAAUCGGCGAAAGGAAUGAUGACUGAUCCGAACUUCCUUGUCAAAUUGAAAGAGAUGGACUGCAAGAAAAUCACUCUGAAACAACAGCAAGCUGUUCGCUCACACAUGAAAACAACCAAGAAAAUGGACGAAAUGCAGCAGAUCAGCAAAGCUGGAUUUGGGCUACUCAAGUUUGUAGAAGCUGUUCUCGGCUACUGCAUGGUCUAUAGAGAAAUUAAACCAAAAGAAGAACGUGUCGCUGCCCUUGAAAAAGAAUUCAACACUGCUAAAAAAUACUUGGACAAACUGAACAAUAGACUUCAAAUUAUUUCCGAGACUCUGCAACGCCUGGAAGAUAGGUAUGUCACAGCUUUAAAAGAACGCCAAGAGAUUCAAGAGGAAACUGAUUUGAUGCAGCGGCGACUUAUUGCUGCUGACAAAUUAAUUACUGGUUUAAGUUCUGAGAAUGCACGCUGGGCAGUUGACUUGCAACAACUGUACUUGGAAAAGGGUGAGGUUAUAGGGAAUAGUCUUCUUUCUGCUGGUUUCCUUGCUUACGCUGGACCUUUCAGUUGGGAGUUUCGCAACAAUAUGGUUUAUGUUGAUUGGACAAACAAGAUAACUGAAUCACUAAUACCUAUUUCAACUGGAUAUCGUGUAGAAGAUCAGCUAGCUGAUGAAGUGAAAAUUAGUAAAUGGAACUCUGAAGGGCUGCCUCCAGAUGAGCUUUCUGUGCAGAAUGGAAUUUUAACCACAUCUUGUCCUCGUUUCCCUUUCUGCAUUGAUCCUCAGGAGCAAGCUUUGCAAUGGAUAAAGCAAUCUGAAGGGAAGCAGUUGAAAAUUCUGUCAUUUGCUGAUAAUGAUUUCUUGAAACACUUGGAAACAGCAAUUAAAUACGGCUUACCAGUCCUAUUUCAAGAUGUCGAUUACAUAGAUCCAAUAAUAGAUAACGUUUUGGAGAGGAAUAUUAAAAACCAGGGUGGUCAUGUGUUUGUUGAACUGGGUGACAAAGAAGUGGACUUUGAUUUGAAUUUCAGAAUGUACCUCACAACUAAACUUGCCAACCCUACUCUCGCGCCGGCUGUCUAUUCUAAGGCUUCAGUGGUGAAUUACUCGGUUACUGUUAGUGGCCUUGAAGAUCAGCUUCUCAGUGUGGUGGUUCAGAAUGAACGACCAGAUCUCGAGGAGCAGCGUGAAGCUCUCAUUAAGGAGACCAGUAGCAACAAACACCUUCUGCAACAACUUGAAGAUUCUUUGUUGAGAGAGCUGUCAACUUGCACUGGAAAUAUGCUUGACAAUGUUGAACUUGUAAACACACUUGAUGAAACAAAAACGAAAGCUGAAGAGGUGAUGUCGAAACUUGAUCUUGCUGCAGCAACAGCAAAAGACAUUGAGGAGUUGAGAAACCGAUAUCGUUUAGUGGCAACAAGGGGUGCUAUUCUAUUUUUUGUGUUAUCUGAUCUAGCGCUUGUGAAUUCUAUGUAUCAGUACUCUCUUCGCUCCUAUCUCAACGUUUUUCGGUAUUCCCUUCGCAAGGCCUUGCCAGAUACAAUCCUGCAAAAACGACUGCGCAACAUAGCUAAUACUCUAACUAAAAACGUUUAUGACUUUGGUUGCACUGGUGUGUUCGAGAGGCACAAACUACUUUUAUCUUUCCAAAUGACUGUUAAAUUGGAAAUGAAUUCAGAAAAAUUGACCAACUCUGAGUUGGAGUUUUUCAUUAAAGGUAGUAUUACCAUUGAAAAAUCUGCUAUUCCAUGCCCAGCUCCUUGGAUAUCAGUUCAGGGCUGGCAGGACAUCAUGAAACUAUCUACUGAAUUUUCUACAAACUUCGGCUCUUUAGCUGAAGACAUUAUUGAAAACAUCUCUGAUUGGAAAAAGUGGUACAAUCUUGAAAAUCCUGAAAGUGUUGAUUUACCUUGCGAUUAUAGUUCAAAAAUAUCGAAAUUUGAGAAAUUAAUGCUAUUAAGAUGUUUCCGCACAGACAGAGUCUACCAAGCAAUGACAAAUUACAUUGAAGAUAUAAUGGGAGAGCAAUACAUAACACCUCCGUUUGUAAGUUUUGGAAUGGUCUAUGAGCAGAGCAAUCCGAGUACUCCAGUAAUAUUCAUUCUAAGUCCAGGAUCUGACCCAACAAGUGAGUUGAUGAAAUUAGUUGAUUCUACAGGAAUAGGUGUAAAUCGAUUCAAAUAUCUUUCACUAGGUCAAGGCCAAGAAAAAGCAGCUCUCUCUCUUUUGCAAGUUGCAAUCGAUCGCGGCCACUGGCUUAUGCUGCAGAACUGCCAUCUGUUGAUUUCAUUUGUUAGAAGCUUAGAAAAAGUAUUGGAAAGUAUGUCAAAGCCACAUCCUGACUUCCGAUUGUGGCUGACUACAGACCCAACUCAAUCAUUCCCUAUUGGUGUCUUACAGAGGUCUCUCAAAGUAGUUACGGAACCUCCCAACGGGUUGAAGCUCAAUCUGCGCAACACUUAUUUCAAAAUGAGGCCAUCCAAGCUUGAUAGCUGUUCUCACCCCAAAUACAAAACACUCAUAUAUGUGUUGGCUUUCUUCCAUGCUAUUGUGCAAGAACGUAGGAAGUAUGGGAAAGCUGGAUGGAACAUUGCUUAUGAUUUUGGAGAGAUGGACUUUGAUGUAUGCACUCAAAUAAUACAAACGUAUUUAGAUCGAGCUUCAAAGCAGAAUGAUAGACGUGUGCCAUGGGCUAGUCUGAAAUAUUUAAUAGGUGAAGUGAUGUAUGGUGGGCGUGUUAUUGACGAUUUUGACAGACGUGUUGUGUGUGCUUAUAUGGAUGAGUACCUGGGAGAUUUUUUGUUUGAUAGUUUCCAGCCCUUCAGGUUCUACAAGGAUCGCAAUGUUGAGUAUUCAAUUCCAACAGAAGGCUCCAGAGACGAUUAUCUCGAGGAAAUUGAGAAAUUACCGUUGACAAAUGCGCCGGGGAUAUUUGGUUUGCAUCCGAACGCUGAGAUUGGAUACUUCACUGAAGCUGCCAAACAGAUCUGGAAUCAUAUGAUUGAUUUGCAGCCACAAGUAGGUGAUAGUGCGGGGGGAGCUAGCAGGGAAGAUGUUAUAAGAAGUAUUGCAAUGGAUAUACUGGAGAAGCUGCCGAAGCAGUAUGACAUAGACAAGGUGUUGAAGGGAGCGAGCAUGUCGCACAUCGCUCCGACGCAGGUGGUGCUCAUCCAGGAGCUGGAGCGCUUCAACCUGUUGAUCGGGCGCAUGAUGACGUCACUGCAGAUGCUGUGCCGCGCACUGGCAGGGGAGGUGGGCAUGGACGCGGCCUUGGACGCCACAGCGGCCAGUCUGUUCAGCGGGCAACUUCCGGCCGACUGGCGCCGCCUCACGCCCGAGACCAACAAGAGCCUCGGCGGCUGGAUGCAGGUGUUCGAGCGGCGAGUGCACCAGUUCCGCAACUGGAUCUACAACGGCCGGCCGCACUCGGUCUGGCUGUCCGGCCUGCAUGCGCCCGAGUCCUACCUGACCGCCGUCGUCCAGAUGACGUGUCGCGAGAACCGCUGGCCGCUCGACCGGUCGACGCUCUACACGUGCGUCACCGACUUCCCCUACGAGGACUCUGUCACCUGCGACCCGCCCACUGGCUGUUACGUGCACGGCCUCUACCUGGAGGGUGCGCAGUGGGACAGCCUGAAUGGCCGACUCUGCACCUCCUGGCCCAAAGUACUUGUAUCUGAUCUCCCUGUGCUCCACGUUGUGCCUAUUGAGUCACAUCGACUAAAGCUACAGGUAAAUAAAUACCUGUAGAUAGAAUAAAAUAGAUAGAAUAAAAUAUGAAUUAAAGGAAAGUAUUAUUUGUGGACAGAACUUAACAAUAGGCUACAUGGUUAUAAAAGAGAAAAUUACUCAUUUAUUAACCAAACAAGAUCUGGAGGAACUUCUCAAUUUUUAUAAAUUUAAUAUUUUUCUAAAUUAAUUCCUCUAACAAUACCACUUAUUUAUAUUUUCUACUUUUAUACUUGCCUUGAAUUAAAUACAUUCAAAGUA